CAAAAAUUAGUAUAUCCUAGCUAUACUAAUCAGAUUUUUUUUUUAAAUGGCUUCUAAGGUUAAUGUUGCUAGCAUUAAUAUUUCACUAAUUUUAUGUCUCAAUCUCAUUUCAUUAACUAUGGUGAAAUCUAAUUAUGUUGUCCCAGAAGUCCCAGUCCCAAUAGUUGAUCCUUAUCCAAAGGGUACUAUUACAUGUCCUAUAAAUGCACUUAAGUUAGGUGUGUGUGCAAAAGUGUUGAACUUGGUCAAGGUUAAAUUGGGGGCCCCACCAACACUCCCUUGUUGCUCACUCAUUCAAGGUCUUGCUGACCUUGAAGCUGCAGCUUGUCUUUGCACUGCCCUUAAAGCUAAUGUCCUUGGCCUCCACCUUGAUGUUCCUAUUUCAUUGAGUCUCAUUCUCAACAAUUGUGGAAAGAACAACUCUGGUUUCCAGUGCCCUUUAUAAGAUUUAUUCUUGUUCACAUGUUUGGUUCGGGUGGUUGUUUUCUCUUUUCAAUUUAUGCUUUUGGGUUAUUUUUAUGGGUGAUUGCUUACCAUAUAUUAUUGACUUUCUUACUCCUUCACUAUUGUUUUUCUAUUGGAUAUGGAAGAUUAUAUACAUCUUCCUCGUCACCUUCUUCGAUUGUAUUAUGGUGUAAUGCAAAUAAAAAUUUGUGAUUUAUAAGUA